AUGCCGCCGCCCACAGCGUCCGCGCGCGGUCGCGUCAAGCACGCCGCCGAUUCGCAGCAGCUGCCCGAGCCAUACCAGCAGGAGCGUCCAUCAUGGCGACCGCCGCUCCAUCCAGCUGCGCCCCAACGCGAUGUGCCGGACCUCUUCACCACCAAGCCCAACCAGCCCGAAGAUGACAUGUCGCAGCUCGCCGUGCGCAAGGGCUUCACCGCACGCAACUAUGUCCGUAACGAGGCACUCUCCGCUCACGACAGCAUCUACUCGCGUCUCAACUCGCCUGCCAUCCUCCGAUCCCUCUCGUCAUGGAUGGACGAGGUCGCCCAACGCCGUCACGAGCUCGACCGCGCCCACGUCGCCGCCUCCCAGUACAAGCCGCCUUCGCGCGUCACGCUCAACGAUGCAAAGCUCGCAAAUUACGUCAAGGACCUCGCGGACCCCACUGUGCCCCUCGCACGCCUCUCCAGGAACGUGCCCCACGGCUUUCGAGGCGAGAAGCUCUUCGAGAUGCUCUGGGCAGGCGGCGCCCUCCCUGCCACCAUCCCUGCAGCUUCUUCGUCCUCGACCACUGCUGCCGCAGCCGCAGCCGCAGCAGCAGCGAGGAGAAGCGUCGAGAUCUCACGCGCCGUCUGGUUCAUCCGCGCACUCGGCGCCGCAGAACUCUCGUCGCUGCGAAACAAGUCGGCCGCCACCAUCGUGCCCGAAAUCACCUCGAACCUCUGCACUUGGAUGGCGAAACAGGUGGCAGAGCUCAACAUCGCAUAUGCCGCAGAAGCUUCCUCCUCCACCGCAGCCGCAUCGCCCGCGCCCGCCUCUCCAUCCACUCAUGUGCCCAGAACGCCCGGCUCGGCGGCUGCUUCGGCGGCCCUCUCGCGCUCCGUCGCAGCCGCCCACUUUGCCCGCACCCCCUCCAACCUCCAUGCCGCCUCGUCGCCCUCCCCACUCCCGGCCAAGGAGGUCUGCACCGUUCUUCAGAACCACAUCGACCAGGAACGGUGGAUCGCAAAGUGGUCUUACAGCCUCUCGCUCGCCCGCCAUCUCCAUGCGCAGCAUCUGCUCGACCGUUCCAUCCUCGUGCGCUGGAUCGUCGACGCCUUUGCCGCUUCCAACCUCGUUCAGCUCCCCUUGCUCGUCGAACUCGUCCAAGAGGUCAUCCUCCUCAUCCUCCGCAGACGCUGCUUCGCGAGGCCCUUCCUCGCGGCCCUCCUCGCCCAGAUCACCGCCCUCGAUGCUCGCUUCGACCGCGCAGCCGGCGGCGCCGCUCUGCGCAACAAGCUCCUCCUUCUCUUUCGCAUCGUCUGCGAAUCGAGCCCGGACACGCUCACGAGCCCGCGUCUGUGGUGCGAGAAUGCUGCCUCUCUCGUUCGCCUUCUCAACGAACUCAAGGGCGAAGCGGAGCUCGAUCCCUCGGCCCAUGUCCCGCCCAACCUCGCCGACUUUGUCGAGCUCAACAUCCGCCCCAGGGUCGACCGGCUUCUGCUGCAAUCAUCCAGCGCCACUCCCACCGACACGCAGCCAGACUCGCCCUCCGCUUCCCAUUCGCAACAACACCAUCUCGACAUACACGCUCUCGAUUCGUUCGACAUGAAGACCAUCGAUCGCGUCUUUCUGCAAACCCCAGCCGCUGGCAAGGCUGCUGCCAAGCUCCAUCGAGACGAUGCCUCAUGGACGACCAGGAUCGAGACCAUCCUCACCUGGGCCUGCACCGAGCGUCGCCGUGGCGUCGCGCGCCAGUACCUCGCAGCCACCUUGAUCGAAAAGAUCCGCUUCGGCGUCGGCUGGGAAGAAUCGAGCGAGGAAACAGACAAGAUCUCGCUGCCAGCCUUCGACCUCGAGCAUCCGCUCAAAAAGACGCGCAAGAUCAACGUCGAGCCCAUGCUGAUCAAGUGGCUCGGCGACGUCGAGGCCGCUCUCAACUUGCCCGACGACGCCCUGACCGCCGAUCCGCAUGCGGCUCUGCUAGCCACCACCAAUGUGAGCUCUCUUGUCGUGCUUAUCGGCGAGGUCGCAAGGCGAGGCGUAUUCUCGUACACCAAGUACCUGCAGCGGCUCAUUGCGCGCGGCAUGACCACCACAUCGACUCCGUCUGCUACGACUGAUCCCACGGCGGCAGUCACGGUCGGCGCCCCCAAAGAUGCGCCAAUGUCUCGCGACUCGCUCCAUUUGCGCGUCUUGCGCUCCCUGCCCCUGUACGACCAGCCAGCUUCGGUGUUUCAGCAGCGCAGGCAGGCCAUCUACGGCGAGCGCACCAAGGAGACUUACGAAGACGCGGCGCAGCGUCGUGCUCUGCGCCAGUUGCAGUCCUUGCUUCCAUUCGCCUUUGCAUCCGAGGACGCUGGUGCGAUGGUCGACGCGCCGUCCACAGAAACGACCGUCGAGCCGCAUGAUCUGCAGCACGCGCUCUCGCGCCUCUGGUCGGCAUCGCGCUUUGUGCGCUGCAGGAUCUUCCGCAGCGAGCUGCUUCCUGCCGUUUCGUCGCGCAUCGACGUGCUCAGCGGCGAGGAGCUCUCGCUAGUGUCGGCGAUCCUGGUCAUGGGCGACGACUUUGAAUGUCUGGCGCAGCUGCUUGCUACGCUCCUGCUGCGUCCGCUCUCGGACAGUCUGGCGCGGCCGGCGUUCAACAUGGUGAUCGAGUUCAGCCUCGUGUGGCGCUCGAUGGACAUCAUGGGUACGCUUAAUCAGCUCGUGCGGCAGCAGCUCAACCAUUCCAGCUCGGUCCGGAACGACCGCCAGGCCGUCAUGGCCUCCACCACGCUCCUGCGCCUGCGCACGCUCAUCGAGGGCCUGCCGAGCCGCAUGCAUGUCGCUCCGCACGACGCACACGCCGAGCACGAUGCGAUCCAGGCGCAUGUGCAGGCGCUCCGGCCCAACGUCGUCGCGCUGCUACUUAGGCUCACGCAGCGCACCGAGCACAGUGACCGUGCGAGCGACAAGGGCGCCACUACGCCCAUCGAAGGCUCCGAGAUCCUCACGCCGUUCCGCAGCUUGUUUCUGCAGCCGGACGGCACGAGCGACGAGAUCACGGAGCGGGCCAUUGUGCAGAGCGUGCUGCAGCUGUCGGACCCUGCGGUGAUCGAUGCGGCGGUGCGGCUGAUCGACCAGCUCUACCUCGAGGCGUCGCUCGAGAUCGACGAGCGCCACGCGCGCUGGCUCGGCGACCUUGCGCAAAGCAUGGAGCAUGGUGGCGUUUCGCACGACGCGUUCAGGGCGCUGCUCGGCCUGCUCAGUAGGCUUGUGGCGCACGGCACGCUCAAUCUGCAGCUCAUGGUGGACACCUUCUUGCUGCCGUACCUGCUCACGGGCGUCACGCAGCUCACGGACCCUGCGACGCGCAACCAGGACUCGAUGCUGCACGUUACUGCCGUGGUCGCCUGCCUGCGCCAGAUGUUUUCCGGCAGCCUGGGCGACGAGGGCGAUGCGGGGGGCAACUCGACGUACGAAGACCAGCGCGCGUUUGGAGCGCAGACGGUGCUGCUCUUUGCGCGCGUCAACCUGCCGAGUCUGGUCAAGAUGGCGACGAGUCUGAUCUGCGCCUCGGGCGAGACGUCGUCGUUGUCGGCGGGCGACAAGGCGCCGGUCGAGGCGUUCUGGCGCGCGCUGCUCACGUCAGAGCGCAUGCAGCUUGCGUUCCGCCAGGAGGCGCGCGUGUGCAUGCUCACCGUGCGCGACACGUGCAAGGCCAUGUGGGGCUGCAACGCUGCCAAGGUGAUGGACGCGGCCAUGGCGUGCCUGGACUCGACGAGCCUGUUGCUUGGCGACCUGGGCAGCAUCGACGCCGGCGCGGUGCGGGCGCGGCUCAACGAGUGGGACACGCCCGUGGUGGCCAACGAGCUGGUGGAGAUCUUUGAGCGGCUGCAGCUCGUCGAGCCCAGCUUCCAGUCGCGCGCCGACACCAAGACCAAGGCGCUGGCCGCGGGGAUCUUCGACGACCUCUUUCUGCGGCUGCCGCACAUUGGCGCGCAGUUCAUGCGCGACUGCCGCUCCCCCGCGCUCGUCUCGCGCUUCGUCGAUAUCGGCGUCAAGAUCCUCGCGGACAGGAUCAAGGCGCAAAGCGGCGAGGAUGCGGCGGCGGAGGCGGCGGUGGGGGAGGUGCUCGAUUCGCUGCUGCGCAUGGGAUGCCAGCAGGAGGGAUUUGCGUUCAACGCAACGGACGCCGAUUCGUGCGGCCACGUGCUGCUGCACGUCAUCCACACGCUCGAAGCUGCCUCCUCACAGGCCGAGACGUGCAGCUCGUUGAGCGCAGCGGUGAGCUCGGCGCUGCACGACGGCGUGACGAUGCGUCUGCUGCACCUCGUGCUGCGCUUUGGCUGUCUCUGGAACGGUGCAGCCAAAGCGGCUGCACCGCGGCUGAUCCAGGUUCUGCUGCGGCUGGCGCUGCACGCGGGCACACGCAUCGAGGGCGGUGGGGCGUUUACGCUUUUGGUGGACACGCUCAGCUUUGUGCUGGACGAGGUUCCUGCGGCGCUGGUGGGCGUGGGGGAGAUGGAGGCGCAGUUGCAGCGGGCCGAGGUGGCGACGCCGGAGCGCAUGCAGCGGCUACAGGCGCUGUCGUACGUGCUCGACAGUGGGCCCGGUCGGCACGCGUGGAUGGUGGCGCCCAAUGCACGCGCCGCGCUCGGCCGCGGGUGGUUUGCACCGGGCCCGCUGAACCCCUGGGAAUGCGCCGAGUACCUCGACCCGCCAGCGCCCGCGCAAACCUCUUCGGCGGCCCACAGUAUCACCUCGGGGCAGGGGGCGAGGUUUGGGUGGCGGGAAAAGCUGAGGCUCAAUACGGCGGUGGCACCGUCGUUGCUCGCGCUGCGCGUCACGCGCGAUGUGGUGCCGCACUACGCAUCGCCCUCGCACGUCUCGAGCCCCACGGACCAAGACGAGGGCGGGGGGAUGCCCAUGUUUGUCGAGUCGGAACGCACGUAUGGCGCGCGCACGGCGGGCGAACCGCUAUUCGCACGUGAUCUGCGCCGCGGAGUGCUCCCGCUUCCCAUCACGCAUGCCAAGGUGGGUGCAGCGAGGGUGGAUGUGAUUGAUCUCACGUUUGACGACGACGAUGCGGCGCCCGUGGUGCGUGCCGAGGUGCCGCGCAAGCGUCGAAUGUCCAAGCGCGACUGA